GCGCGUAUUUUUUCAGAGAGCUUUGGAGUUUACUUUCUCUUUGGAGAAGGAAGUCUUGAGCUUGAACUAGUAAAAUGCUGUGAAGAACACUAAUGGCCCCCUGGGACAGCCAUUUCAACAUGAGUCAAGGCAGAGAUCCCAUCAUGGGAAGUUUCCAUUUUGUCUGCAUCCUGGCCAUAACAGUCAGAAGCAUGGCCAAGUUCUCCGAUGAACUUGGGUCUACUGUAGACUAUUCAGACAGGAACCUUACUAAUGUCCCAAAAGACCUGCCACCAAGAACAAAAACCUUAAAUCUGUCUCAAAACUCUAUACCUGAGCUUCGUAUGACUGAUAUCAGCUUUCUGUCAGAGCUGAGAGCUCUGAUACUCUCCCACAACAGAAUACGGAGACUUGAUUUUGGUGUGUUCAAGUUCAAUAGGUAUUUAGAAUACUUGGAUGUUUCACACAAUCAGUUGCGAAGCAUCUCUUGCUGCCCUCUGGUGAGCUUGAAGCACUUAGACCUCUCAUUCAAUGACUUUGAUGUCCUUCCUGUGUCUAAAGACUUUGGCAACUUGACACAACUGAGUUUCUUGGGAUUAAGUGCUGCAAAGUUCCGGCAACUGGAUCUGCUCCCAGUUGCUCACUUACACCUAAACUACAUUCUUCUAGACUUAGUGGGUUAUCGUAUAAAAGAAGGUGAGACAGAAAGUCUUCAGGUUCUGAAUACCAAUGUUCUCCAUUUGGUCUUUCAUCCAAACAGCUUGUUCUCCAUGCAAGUGAACAUAUCUGUAAAUACUUUAGGAUGUUUACAGCUGAGUAAUAUUAAGUUGAAUGAUGAAAACUGCCAACAGUUAAUUACAUUGUUAUUAGAACUCACCAGAGGUCCAACCUUACUGAACUUGACUCUCCACCACAUAGAAACAAACUGGAAGUGUUUGGUUACACUUUUCAAAUUCCUUUGGCCCCAAGCAGUGGAGUAUCUCAGCAUCUACAACUUAACAAUAGUUGAGAGCAUCAAUACAGAAAAAUUUACUUACCCGGAGACAGCACUGAAGGGCUUGAAGAUAGAGCAUGUUACAGUUCAAGUUUUCAUUUUUUCAAAGGAGGCAUUGUACUCUGUGUUUGCUGAGAUGAACAUUGGGAGGCUCAGCAUCUCAGACACACCCUUUAUCCACAUGCUGUGCCCUCAGCUCCCAAGCUCAUUCGUGUUUCUGAACUUCACCCAGAAUGUUUUCACAGACAGUGUUUUUCAAGGCUGUUCCACCUUACAGAGAUUGAAGACACUUAUCUUACAAAGGAAUGGCUUGAAGAACCUUUUGAAGGUAGGUCUCAUGACUAAGAAUAUGUCCUCUCUGGAAACUUUGGAUGUUAGUUUGAAUUCCUUGGAUUCUCAUGCCUAUGAAGGGACAUGCACUUGGGCUGAGAGCAUAUUAGUGUUGAAUUUGUCUUCAAAUGUCCUUACUGACUCUGUUUUCAGAUGCUUACCUCCCAAGGUCGAGGUCCUUGACCUUCACAAUAACAGAAUUACAAGCAUUCCUCACAAAAUCACUAAACUGGAAGCUCUGCAGGAACUGAAUGUAGCAGGCAAUUCUUUAACUGACCUUCCUGGAUGCGAGGCCUUCAGCAGCCUUUCUGUGCUGGCCAUUGACCAUAAUUCAGUGUCCCAUCCCUCAGCAGAGUUCUUCCAGAGCUGUCAGAACAUUCGGUCCAUAAGAGCAGGGAGCAACCCAUUCCAGUGUACAUGUGAGCUGAGAGAGUUUGUCAAAAACCUAGGCCAAAUACCAAGCGAAGUGGUGGAGGGUUGGCCUGGCUCUUACACCUGUGACUACCCAGAAAGCACCAAGGGAACCCCACUGCAGGACUUCCGCAUGUCUCCACUGUCCUGUGAUACCGUUCUGCUGACCGUCACCAUCGGGGCCAGCGUGCUGGUGUUGGCCGCCACCGUGGCCUUCCUCUGCCUCUACUUUGAUCUGCCCUGGUACCUCAGGAUGCUGUGUCAGUGGACACAGACCCGGCACAGGGCCAGGAACACUCCCUUAGAAGAACUCCAGAGGAAUCUCCGGUUCCACGCUUUUGUCUCAUACAGUGAGCAUGAUUCUGCCUGGGUGAAGGAUGAAUUGCUACCAAACCUAGAGAAAGAUGACAUACGGGUUUGCCUCCAUGAGAGAAACUUUGUCCCUGGCAAGAGCAUUGUGGAGAAUAUCAUCCAUUCCAUCGAGAAGAGCUACAAGUCUGUUUUUGUGUUGUCUCCGCACUUCAUCCAGAGCGAGUGGUGCCACUAUGAGCUCUACUUUGCCCAUCACAAUCUCUUCCACGAAGGGUCUGAUAACUUAAUCCUGAUCUUGCUGGAACCCAUCCAACAGGACACCAUUCCCAGUCGGUACCACAAGCUGCGGGCUCUCAUGGCACAGAGGACUUACUUGGAAUGGCCCAUGGAGAAGAGCAAACGUGGACUGUUUUGGGCCAACCUUAGAGCUUCUUUUAUUACAAAGUCAAUAUUAGUCAAUGAAGAUAAUGUGAAAACUUGAAGCAUGGGUUCACAGCUUAGUAAACUGUUAACAGUUUACUGAUGAGCGUUGUGGUUUUAGGUUCCUAUUGGGAGGUACUUCUGUUAUGCUGUCUUCGUUUGGUCUCUAUGACUAUGAUAAACAACAUGACCAAAAGCAA